UUGCUGGAACAGAACUCGUUCUCUCUUGUACUUGUUAGGGUUUCGUUAUUUGGUUGCAGAAUGGAAGAAAGUCCUGGUGGUCGCAGAAAGCGAGCACACCCUUCUUCUUCUUCUUCAUCUCCUUCACCAAUCUCCAAGAAGCCCCAAACCUUCCCUUCGUUCCAAGACAUCCCCAACCUCCCUUCCAACAUCAAAUCCCUCUGCCAUCUCAUCGCCACCACCUCCGCCGCCUCCGUCGAGCACUCCCUCCAAUCCGCCGCCAUCUCCGUCACCCCCCACGACGUCGAAGAAGUCCUCAAACUCUCCUACGGCUUCCCCGGCCAGGCCGUCAAAUUCUUCCGCUGGAGCGGCCGCCACCUAAACGACAACCACACGCCCUACUCCUGGAACCUCGUCGUUGACAUCCUCGGCAAAAACCGCUUCUUUGACGCGAUGUGGGACGCUAUUAAGUCAAUGAACAAAGAAGGGUUGCUCUCACUCGCCACAUUCGCCUCUGUCUUCAGCAGCUAUGUUGCAGCUGAUAGAAUCCGGGAAGCAAUUAUGGCAUUCGAGAUUAUGGACAAUUAUUGUGUUGUGAGGGAUGUUGUUGCUUUGAAUUCGCUGUUGAGUGCUAUUUGUAGCAAUGGUAGGACUCUUGAUGCUUGUGAUUACUUGCAGGUUGCCAAGAAAUUGGUCCGGCCGGAUACCGAUACUUAUGCGAUUUUAAUGGAGGGGUGGGAAGGGGAGAAUGGUGUAGUUGGUGCUAAGGAGACAUUUGCUGAGAUGGUGAUUGAGAUUGGAUGGGAUCCUUUGAAUGUGCCGGCUUAUGAUUCGUUCUUGUGUACACUUGUUAGAGGACCUGAUGGAUUGCUUGAGGCUAUUAAGUUUGUUGAUUCGAUGAGGGAUAGGAGGUGUUUUCCUGGUGUGAGGUUUCUGAAGGCUGCAUUGGAUGAGUGUGUUAAGAGUCAUGAUGUUAGGACUGCUGAGUUUUUCUGGGAGGUGUUGGUGGUUGGGAAGGUGGUGCAGCCCACCGCUGAGAUGUACAAUUUGAUGAUUGGUUUGUGCUGCUAUCGUGGUGACACCGAUGCUGCGAGGAGGAUGCUUGAUGAGAUGGUUUACCAAGGGGCUUUUCCUGAUGUGGAGACUUAUAACUUGUUGUUUAAGUUCUUGAUCAAGGGGAGGAAGUUGCGGGAGGCUUCCGUGGUGUUUGCAGAGAUGGUGAAGAAUGAGUGUGUGCCCGAGCAGGAUAACUGUGAUGCGGCGGUUAAGGCGUAUGUGGACUGUGGGGAGCCUGUUAUGGCCAUCAAGGUUUGGAAGUAUUUGGUGGAGAAUUAUAAGAAGGAUUUGGAGCGGACAGCGAAUUUUCUGGUUGUGGGGCUGCGUGAUUUGAAUAGGCUCCCGGAGGCGGUUAAGUAUGCUGAGGAUAUGAUUGACAGGGAAAUCAGGUUGUCCUCUAACACAAUGUCAAAGCUGAGACAAAGCCUUAUCAAGGAGAGAAGAGAAUUUGUGUAUGAAGACCUUUUGAGAAAGUCUAAGUCUCAUUAGGUAGUUUGAAAUUUUUCGCUAAAACUGUCUAGCUUAAUAUUAGUGCCGAAUUUGAAUGUUUUGCUUUUGUCUGGUAGAGAGGGAAGAAUUUUGAAGUGGUUAUUAUCUAAGGUGAUACUUUGAUUCUGCUAUGGGAUAAAUAUACUACAGCACGUGUUAUCUUUGUAUAUAGUUUCUGCAAAAGAUCCUACUAGAAUUGCUUUAGAAGGUUAAAGGUAGAUGAAGUUUAUACAGGUUUAAUGAUACGUGUAGUAUCAAAGGUACCUGCAGAAAUGGUAAGUGACAGAGGAAGGAGAAGAAAGGGAAAGGAAAAUAUCUGAGAGCUAUUGCUCCCCCAAGUGACAGAAAGUCUAUACACUCCCAGUUUCAUUUCUGAUCCCAACCUGAUCCCACAAUCAUUACAGCACUCCCUUAUAACAGAAUGCUCACACCCCCAUUACUACCAACAAACUCAGCAAUUCCCUUACUACCCCCAACAUGAGAGACUAACAUUAGUUAUUAGUUUUGGGCCUAUGGUGAUAAACCUUAAAACACUUAUUCCAUCUAGAAUCACGGUUCCUAACAUUUUUGUUUCAGGCAUAUAUUAUAAAAAAAAGGUUUGCCUAUUUACCUAUCUUGUUUGUUUUAUCACUUGUUUCUGAUUUGAUCUAGAUUUUCAACUUUGGCUAUUGAUGCUUUUUUGCUUGCAUUUUUGUACUUAUUGGUCGGGUGCUCACAUUUCACUUGUUAGAAACAAAAAGAAAAAAAAAAUGUACUUGAAGACAUGUAGUUGUUAUACAUGAUUCACUGAUUGAUCUUGAGGCGCCAAUGAGCACCCUUUAAGUCUGACGUUAUAUGUUCUGCUUUAGUAAUAGAAGUUAUCUGGAGUCUGUACUUGGUUGUAAAGGUUCAUCAAUUACCAAUUCUCCUCAUUACAUGCAGUGUAUUUAUAGGCUUUGAUAUUUUGUUAAUAAAAUUAUCCUUAUGAGAUUGAGA